UGUUUAGAAAUGUCAUAUUUAGUCUGACGUAAAACAUCUUCAAAUAUUUUUCUAACUCAUUACUUUUUUAACGAGAAGUAUUAACUGGUAAUAAACAAAAUAUACUUUCAAAACACAUAAAACGUUAUGAAAAAACGACUUUGGCAUUUAGUUUUCGCUUUUAUUAAUUGUUAUUCAGUGGAAACUUUAACAAAAAAUGAAGAGUGUCAAUUUAUAUUAAAUGAAGAGAGUGGCACAGUGAAAAGUCCAAGAUAUCCAAAGCCAUAUUCCAACAACUUAAAUUGCUCAUGGAAGAUAACUGUACCAAAUGGUCGUCAAAUUAUUCUCACAGUUAAUAAGUUUCAAAUAGAAAGCAGUUAUAACUGUGAAUCAGAUGCUUUGUACAUUUAUGAUGGUCCAAAUGACAAAGCUAAUCUUUAUUCUAAACCAUAUUGUGGCACUAAUGCUCCAUCUGUUAUUAAAUCCAAAAGCAAUGAUUUGUUUCUUCGCUUUAUAACUGACAAUUUAGAUAAUAAUAUUGGAUUUUUAAUACAAUAUAAUUCAGUAAAAAUAUGUGAUUAUGAGCUUGAAAAAUCAAAUGGUACUUUUACUUCACCCAAUUUCCCUCAAUACUAUUACGCUAACGCUAAUUGCUCAUAUCUAAUUAAAGCAAAGAUCGGAAAAACAAUUGUACUUCAGUUUACCAAUGUUGUUUUGGAAAACGAGGUAAAUGGAAACUGUUUGGAUUCUAUCAGCGUUUAUGAUAUAAUCAAUAAUGAAAUUAAACUUUUAAAGAAAUUUUGUGGAUCACCCCACCUUAUUCAAGAAUUUCAUUCAUCGUAUAAUCAGAUGCUAGUCAAAUUUCAUUCAGAUGAUUUAAUCAAUAAACCUGGUUUUUUUGCAAACUACUACAGUCUUAAUACUAAAUGCCAACAAAAUGAAUUCCAAUGUGCCAAUGAUAAAUGUAUUGCUUUGAAUCUUGAGUGCAAUCAUAAAAAAGAUUGUGAUGAUAAUUCAGAUGAAAUUGGGUGUCACUGCCAAGAAUUUCAAUGUUUAAAUGAGAAAUGCAUUGAAUCAAAGUAUGUUUGCGAUGGCUUAAAUCAAUGUGGUGAUGGCAGUGAUGAAAGUCAAUGCUCAAACCCAACAACUGUCAAAACUCAAUUGGUUUCAUCAAAACCUGUUAUCUGUGGUUACGCAGACUUUAAAUGUAACAAUGAUAAAUGCAUACGGUAUACUCAGCGAUGCAAUGGCCAAAACGAUUGUGGAGACAACAGUGAUGAAAGUAGUUGCAUUGGUUUUUGUAAAAAUUCAAAUGGUGGUUGUGAUCAUAUUUGUGAAUAUGACCUAAAGAAUGGUGUCCAGUGUUCCUGCUAUUUAGGCUUUAAGCUUGAUUCUAAUCGUCAGUCUUGUAUAGAUAUUAAUGAGUGUUCUUCACGGCCUUGUCCUGAACAUUGUACAAAUGAAUAUGGGUCUUUCAAAUGUGGUUGUAAUCCAGGAUUUCAAUUACAAGAUGAUCAACGUACAUGUGUUGAUAUAGACGAGUGUGCAUCUAAUAUAAAUCUGUGUGAGCAACAAUGCAUCAACCAAGUUGGUUCAUUUAAUUGUACUUGUUUCAGUGGUUAUUUAUACAAAAACAAAGUUUGCGAAGAUAUCAAUGAAUGUGAAAUAAAUAAUGGGGGGUGUGCUGAGAAAUGUAUUAAUACAAUUGGAAGUUUCAUUUGCAGUUGCAAUUGGGAUGGUCACAAAAUGUUAAAAGACAACACCUCAUGUGAAGAUAUUGAUGAAUGUGCUGAUGGCUCAUCAAAGUGUGACCAUUUCUGCAAAAAUACAGAUGGAAGUUUUGAGUGUAGCUGUCAACCUGGUUUUUAUUUGGACCAUGAUGGAAAAAAAUGUGUGGAUGUUAAUGAAUGUCAUGUAGGAACACCAGGCUGUCUAGGAAACUGUAUUAAUACCAAAGGAAGCUACAUAUGUAAAUGCGCAGAAGGUUAUAGAUCAAUUAACAAUGAGACAAGUUGCGAAGAUGUGAAUGAGUGUGAAAUUUUAAAUGGAGGUUGUUCACAUCGGUGUGAAAAUACAAAAGGAAGUUACAUUUGUAAAUGUCGAGAAGGCUAUACAGCAAGAGAUCAUAGUUCCUUCACUUGUAAUGACAAGAAUGAAUGUGAGGACAAUCCUUGCGAAGGUACUUGCACAAAUUAUAUCGGGACAUUUGAAUGUGGAUGUGAAACUGGUUUUCAACUUGUAGCUCAAGUAAAGUGUCAAGAUAUUGACGAAUGCAUGUCUACAGAGUUAAACAAGUGUGAACACACUUGUGUCAACAUUCCUGGCAGUUAUUUUUGCACAUGUCGUGAUGAUUAUAUCUUGCACUCAGAUAAAAUGUCUUGCAAAAAAUCUGUUGCUAGCAUAGGUUGUCAGAGAACUGCUAUAAAUAUAAAAGAGAUUUCUUCAAGUGGAUGGGAUAAUGUCUUGGAUGGGUGGGGAUGGCAGGUGUCAUUAAAUAUUGAUUUUACUCACUUCACUACACCAAGAUUUAAUUGUAUGGGAAUACUUGUGAGUGAAGAGUUUAUUCUUAUCACUGGUCACUGUUUGCGUUUUAGUGAUGAUAUAAAAAUUCCUCCUCAAAUCAUUCUUGUUUCAUUGGGCAGUUAUACGUUUGGUUUUUAUGAUAAUGAAAACAACAUUCAUGCAAGCGAAAUAAUUUAUCAUCCAACAUUGGACUUGGCUUUAAUUCGGAUGUUAGAGAAACCAACAAUAUCCAAUCAGAUUCAACCUAUUUGUUUACCUCAAACAGUACAUGAUGUUGAUAUAUCUCAAGAUAAAGAAAUUAUAGUUGUAACUUGGUUACCAGAUCAUGCAAGUUUACGCCAUAUUGUUGCUAAAAUUGUGAAACAUGAGUGUUGUGAACAAGAUAUAAAAAUUAACCAAGAAAAUCUAGUUAAUCAAUCUUUAUGUAUACAGUUUAACAAAACAGAGUUUCAUCUCCCGAUGAGUGGCUCGCCGAUCCUGGGAAUAUCACGUGAAGUCAGUAAUCAAACUGAUCAAAAAUGGUUGCUGACAGGAAUUCUUAUACGUGGUUCUUAUCAUCCAGACGUUGAAUUAGUUUCGACAAAAUCCUGUGUCGGCUAUUAUAAAGCAGUAAUGUUUGUUGAUUGGAUACGUAACAUAACCCUCAACUAAGGAUAAUUUUUAGUUACAUGCUCUCACAGCUCUUAGAUAAAGUGACUUUUUUCCUCUACCAUAUAAAGUUGGAUCAUUAUCCUAUAGCAAAUAAAUUUUAUAAGUCUAUGCCAAGAAAUAAUGAUAAGAAAAAAAAAU